AUGGAAUCAUUGGAUGGACCCGGCAGAAAAAGUGCAAUCCUCUCUAUAAUCAAUCGCGAAAGUCUCGACCGGGUCACCACUGAUCGGUCGUAUACAUCAGCAUCUACAAUGGCGGCCACUGCAGUUGUCAACCCCGCUUCGAUGUAUUCAAAUGGACCUCCACCCCCAUACUCUGGGUGGCCAGCGCCCUCUUCACAUUCGGCGCCUGGCCUUGUAUCUCCAUCAGAGUCAAGGCGAACGUCAGAUAACAGGCCCGAACCACCUCUUAUGCAAAGCACGCAACCACAACGACAAUCUCUGCCAUCUAUACACGAAGCUCUUGGGCCCGAACCAACUGGGCGAUAUGCCUCCCCAGUGUCUGCGUCUUUACCACCUCAGCAUCAGAUUCCAUAUUCGCAAUCACAGGCCAUUUCAAUAACUCAAUCACAUCCGCCGCCCGAUCAUGCGCCAUACCCAACCCAAAUUGCCCCGCCCCAAGUCCGUCAAAGAACCCCACCACAGCCAGUCCAGCCGCAAGCCAAUCCCUUUUCACGACCAGAGCCCGUAUCGAAUGGCUUUCCUGAACCGCUUAGACACCCCUCCCUAAGUCUUCAGGCUGCUCCUGCUCCACAUAAUCCGUACGCUGGUCCUCGUUACGAAGCUCCACGAUUUGAACAGGAUCCUCGAGCCCCAGAGCGCUUGGCGAAUGGCUAUCCUCACCAACCCCCACCUCCACAGCAGGGCUCGUACGGAUAUGCCCCUGGUCCGAAUCAUGCGCCAGUUCCACACAGUCCUGCUUACAACCAACCUCGUUACUCACGGGAUGGGCGAGAGAUAGAUGAAAUAUAUAAAGGGGGCAGAGAAGACGAGAGGUCGAGGAUAACACCUUUCAAACAGGGUUUAAAGCGAAACCUUGAGGUGUGGGAUUUUGAAAAUCAUCUCUCAUCGAUAUACGUCUCGAGCGGCGCACUUCAGGCUUGGUCUAAGCACUUCCAUUCGAUAGCACAGGAGCAGCAACCCCGUGAUCCAAAUGGAGUACCAGACAGAAUGCCGACUAUAGAAACAUGCAAUGAAAUGCUUCAACACCAAGAAAAAAUCCGUCAAGACCUCGAGAAAUUGAGAGAUAUGAUUUCUCAACAGCAUGAGCACGUUGCAAUGAUGGACCAACGGAUGCGAGACCAUAAUGGCAAAGGCCCGGGCUAUUAUGACGACGGAAUAAGCAUUUAUGACGACGACAUGAAAAGUCAAGGUUAUGGAGGCCCAGAAAGCAAAAAACGGCGAGGGAGAGCGGCUCCUCCGGGCCGGUGUCAUAGCUGCAACCGAGCCGAAACUCCUGAAUGGAGAAGAGGACCUGACGGAGCGCGAACCCUCUGUAAUGCUUGUGGACUUCAUUACGCAAAAUUAACGCGUAAGAAUACGAUAAAGCAAUCACAGAGCUCUAAUGGCUCGUCACUUCGACCGAAAUCGAUGGACGGCAUCUCACCAGGGCCACUAUAA